AUGUCGCUGCUGUGGCGAGCGAGCGCGCGCGUGCGGCCCCGUCCUCGGGCGCUCCGCCGCCUCGUUGCGUGCCCGUUCUGGACCCCACACGCGAUGCCUGUACCGCCGAAGACCACGUGUCGAGGGUCUGUGCGUGUCGUGCACAUAGAUCGAGCCAAAGGGGAGACGGUAGAGCCUGUGCUUGACGGUGCAGCAGCUCGAGAGACGUCGAAAAAGAGCGUUGCAACACGUGAAGCUGCAACGGAGCGGACAAGUGACCUGCUGCAUCGUGUUGUGGACACUAAGACAACGUACCAAGUGGCCCUGAGGGCGUUCAAUACGCUGCGCUCGCGCGGGUUGAAGCUGGAAGAGAGUCUGUACCUGUCGCUGCUGUACAAAGCGCUGCGCGAGGGCCGCUUCGAGCGAGUGUGGGAUGGCUACAGUGAGUUCCUGGACGACGAGAGGAAGAGACAAGUGCAGGAAAAGCCGAGGGCGCCUACCACGUGGCCUAGCGUCACGAGCAGGAGGAUGCAGAUGCACCGGUUCGUGCUCUGGGCAAUGCUCGACGCAAACCGCCAGCAAGAGAUGGCACCGUUCUACCGGAGCGAAGUUGUCGGCAAAUGCAACAUGGCCGGCAUCCACGAGGCGGACUCGUUCAACUUUUUGCUACGGUUGGAGUGCACGACGAGAGUCAUGGACGAAACGGAUGACGGACUGCGACGACGAGUGGACUCGCUGCUUCAUGCGAUGGAGCGCCUGGCCCUGCGCACAAGUUACUCGUCUACUCAUUCUCUUGUGAGGCUUAUUUUGCAUCGUCCGGAAAUAUUCUUUGCUGCGCCAACGGAUCGCCAGCAGGGCGAAAGCGACGAGGAAGCUGCUCCAGAUACGGGCUACACGGCCAAAGCAAUGGGAGACCUUAUACUCGAGUACAUGGAUCGAUUCCCACGUGCGCUUUCGUUGGAUCCGAAACGGCUUUCGAUUGCAGUGAGUGCUGCCGCUGCAGCAGGUCGACAUGAUGCUGCUAAGAUGCUUCUCCAGCACGGAGUGAGACACCACGUUCCAAUCGAUGCAGGGUCGUUUGCCCAUGCGGUAGAGAGUGCGCCUGAUGAUGCUGGUCGCAUGGAGAUCGCAGAUCUGUACGUACACGCCAAGGAGCAAGAGUGCAUUUACACAGCUCAGGACACGGACGGUAGUAUCGUCAACUACCUGUUGCUCUACGCCAUCCUCGAUGGCAACUUCAAGCACAUGAUGGAACUUUUGCACGAGAUGCAGCUGUGUAACAACCGAAGUAGCAACCGCACGAUUGGUGAGCUUUUCAAAAGUAUCGCACAAUACCGGGCGGAGAUUCAGCGAGGGAAGUCAAAAGCCGGUACCGACAAGAAACUAGGCAAGUGUCCAACAAUCAUGGAGCUAUUCCAGAAGUUCCCGAACGUCAUCCCGUACACCACGUACUCACUUUCCCAAGGUAUCCUGCAAAGUUUGCACGCUGGAGAUCUGGCCAUAGCCCUUGAACUUAUGCAUGCAGCUGUCAGGCGUAAGGGUGUCAAGCUGCGUCCUGAGAUCUACUCUCAGCUCCUGUACCCUUUGCUUGCAUCCAGACAGCGAGAGGGGGACGAAGCUAGCGACGUCAGUAUUUUUGACCGUCUAGAAGUCGAGCGGUGUUUCGAUGAGCAGUACCCGAAUCAGCGUGUGCACCUGAACUCGCUGAUAGUGAAUAUUUGCGAGUCGAAUGAGGACAUCUCUACGAUGCUGGUGUGUCUGGACCGCUGGCAGGAACAGGGACACGCACCGAUGAGUCGACGAGUGACAAAUCGCGUAUUUGACGUGAUCUCGAAGCAGGUCCAGCAGUUUCGGAAACAACAUCAUGCAGCUACGCCUCGCACUGCGUUCGUUCUCGACGGGUUGCAGCUGUCGCACGAGGCUUUUCUCGUGCGAUAUCGCUCGAUCAUCACUUGGGAUGCCUGGACAUUCGGGCGUGCAAUCGUUCGCGCUCGUACUUGCGGCUUGCACGCCGACGUGAUCGCACUGCUGGCGCAGGCGACCUCGCAAGGUCUAGUGCUAAACGCUGUUGCCUACGUCGUAUCGCUCUGCGUUCUGGAAGAGGUCGGCGAUAAGUGUGCAAUCUUGGCAUGCGUGGAGACGAUGAAGGUGAACAAUGUGUGGACAAAAGCUGUCGAGAAGUACCCGAGCGCGCAGAAGGUCUUGGACCGAGCCAUAGGUGCAGGACAGCUAGACGAGUCGACCGACUAG